UUUAACAACAAUCAAAAUGGCAACUCAAAAUGUAGGAGACAAAAGUAACCAUUUGCUUGAUCAAAGUACAGAUACAAUGCUGGUUUCAUCAGCUAGAGAAAGGACUAUGUCAUCCUCUAUACAGCAGCAACUGGAUUUAGAUCCGAAGUGGAAGAUAGAGCGAAGUAAUCUGUUGAACAUUGCGAAAAUUUGCAUCAAAACAUUGAUUGACGCUUCCCUAAAAAAUGGUCGAACUUUGAGUGAUGAUUUCACUCCACUUCAUCAAUUCUUUGUUGUGAUGGAGCAUGUAUUUAGACAUGGCUUGAAGGGGAAACGAAGUCUUCUUGGCACAAGAAAAGAUUUCUGGGGACUUCUUGAAUCUAUGGAGCAUAAACUGACAACACUUAAAGAUAUGAUGACAAGCAUUAGAAAUUUGCCUUUAAUCAAGACAAAUAUAGGAAAAGGCAGAGCUUGGUUAAGGUUGGCAUUGAUGCAAAAAGUGUUAGCAGAGCAGGUCCAGACAUUUAUUGAAGACAAGAAUGAUUUGAAAGAGUGGUAUGAACAGUAUUCAAUGAUGCUCAACGAGGAGAGCAUUGUCAUUAGUGGCCUUCUUGUUGGUCUUAAUGUUAUUGAUUGCAACUUUGAUUUAAAAGGAGAAAACCUAGAUACGGCUACUGGUAUAAUAGAUAUGAGUUUAUAUCUGCGUGAUGGAAACUAUCUUGAAAAAACUUUUGAAGAUGGCAACGGCGGAGGCACUGAUCAAAAGUUAGAAAUAAUUCUUGAUCAGAAAGCUUACUUAGAAGAGCUCAAUCGCAGUCUUAAUGACUCAGCCUCAAAGCUUCAAAAUAGAAUAAAUGAACUUCAAGAAGAAAACAAGCGUAUUCAAGAUGAGCUUUCUUCGCUAAAUGAAAAAUAUUCGGGAGUCCUGGACGAGAAAGAGAUUAUAAAGAGCGAAAAUGAAAGACUACAAAAUGAUCACCUUAAACGCUUGCAGUUGGCUCAAGCAGAUAUAAACAUAGAACGGGAAACAUAUCAACAGUCAAGAACUGGCCUAAAUGAAAUGUACCUUCAAAUAAAGAGACAGUAUCAGACGGAAGCUGACCAUCGAAAGGAGCUCCAGCAAGAUUUACAUGUUCAAUUGGCAAUGAAUCAAGAGAAAGAGGUAGCAAUGCGGCUACUCGAGAAGGACGUGUAUGACAAGCAAGACACGCUUAUUUCGUUACGAAAGCAGUUGGAAGACGUCAAGAAAAUGAACAUUGACUUGAACGAGAAACUCAAGAAAAACGUGGAAGAGCUAAAAGCUCGCUCUGUUGAAUGGAACAAUAUGUCAAAGAAAGUACAAAGUCUGGCGAUGCAAAACGAAGAACUAAAAAGUCGAAUUAGCGAAGCGGACGCUGCGAGGGCGGAGGCGCUGGAGACACUCUCACAAAUGGGAUUUAAGAUGGGAGACAUCGAGUCUGAAAGACAUACGUUAGAGAUGAAUUUAAAGAUCGAGAGGGAAUGGCGCAGUGGUAUUCAAACGGAUUUAGAACAGGAAAAAGAGCGGGUUAGAAGCCUUGAGAAAGAACUGCUUCAGCUGAAGAUACUGCAAGAGGAAAACGUAUCACUGAAAUCUCAACUGAAAGAAAUUGGAGCAAAAUACGCUGAGCAGGAGUCUACGUUGGUUGAAAUGGCUGAUAAACUAACCAAAUCUCAACUUCACGUCGACGACAUGAAAGAAGCCACAGCAGUUAUGAAGGAUCAAGUUUGGAAGGAUGACAAGUCGGUUGUCAAUUGCCAACAGUGCGAACAACCAUUUUCUGUCGCGAGGAGAAAGCACCACUGUCGUAACUGCGGAGGAAUCUUUUGCAACAGCUGUUCAGAUAACACAAUGCCGCUGCCCUCUUCAGCCAAGCCCGUCAGAGUUUGUGACACGUGCCUCGACAAGCUGCUCGCUAGGUAUAAAGCCAGUUAACAUAAACUAAUUGCAAUGUCACGCAGGUGAUGAUCCGCACCUAGGCAGCCCUGAAUUCUUUGAAAUGGAGAUAGAGCGCACUACUAGAGGGAUUUUUAUCAAUUAAUACAAAAUUUCAAUCGCAGUCAAAUAGUUGAGUUUAAUUUGUAUAAUUGACUUUGUAGUUAGUUAAUGGUACGCAGUUUGUUUUAUACAGGGGAAUACGUAUGAACGAGUUUCUAAUUCAGCAUAUUUGAACACAUAACCUGCGCAGUCAAUUUGCGAAAUUUGAGCUUUUGCUGCCUACUAGCGCGUGGUGAUUUUGCCUAGCCUGGCUACGAAAGCCUCAGCUUCAUUUAACUCCCAGUUAUUUAGGCUCUAGUACCCAGGGUGGAUAGAUUUUGCCAUGAACAAUACAUGAUAAGCGUUGCAGCAUGAGUAUAAGACUAAAUAAGCUAGAAUUGGCUUAUAAGAAAAGGGUUUGGGCGACCGCCGACCAUACAUCCUGAAGUAGCUUUUUAGAAUCGCAAGCCAAAUCAAAGGGUUGGCCUACUAGUAAGUGCUCCACUUUUUGUUUUAAUACUUUUUCGUAAGAGUAUGGUUUUGAGGGAUGUGUACUAAAUUUUUUUGAUUUUCUAUGUUGUUGCAAAUUGAUAAUUGAAAAACAAUUAACAAAGAAAUUGUAUCCUACAGAACAAUAACUUUAAUAUAUAUAUUCAUAUAUGGUAUUCAAAAUUCA